AUGGAAGAAUUACUGGCGCCCGCUCGACCAGUUCGAAGAUCAACGGGAGUCAAGGUGAUCAAGGUAGUUGCAAUAAUACGAUGUAUAACUAUUCAUUAUCGACUUAAUGUUCACACACGUCACGCUGCAUUGGCUUACUGUAUAUGUCUGCCAGGUGUUCUAGCCGAAGUUUAUAUACUACUUAUGGGACCUAUUCAAGGACCGGAACCGUUGUGUGGUUACACAAUAUAUUUGACUACUGAGCCAUGGAUUACCUUGAUACAUAAAUGGCUCGUCUUCACUGAACGUGCGGGCCCCAGCAUCUCUUCCACUCGUUUCGUUCCCUCGCCAUUGUCAUCCAAGAUGUUUUCAAGCUUCGUGAGUGACGUUGAUGAGGUCUUUGAGCCGUAUCCAGCUGAGCUCUCAGCUGGUCUAUCCGUGUAG